AUGGCGACGGUCCACGAGGGAAUCAAAAGAACCCCUUUCGAAGCGACCUUUGGACAGAAACCUCAUCUCGGACUUCGCGACUCCAAAAUUCCCAGGAGCAUCGCAAAAACCCUGAGAACUCAGCAGGAGCUCGAAGAUCUCGCAGCAGCACCGUCUCGUCGCGACGACUCACCGCCAGUCAGUGGGGACUGCCCGUCGGUCAGCAGGCCGCUGACCUCGCCGACUGCAGCGAGGCAGCCACCACCGGGAACAGGGUCGCCGUCAUCGUCUCCGUCAUCGUCUCCGCCACCGCCACCGGACAGUGAGUCGCCUCCACCGCCACCGGACAGGGGAUCGCUGUUCCAGCCGCCGGACAGGGAGUCGCUCCCACCGUCAACGGGAAGGGGAUCGCCGUCACCGUCGCAGUCACCGAACAGGAGGUCGCCGUCAUCUCAGCCCACGCAUCAUCCAACGUCUGGAUCGGCUGAGCCGCAGCCAGGACCUAGCGGCCUGCAAUGUGUCUCCUGUGGGCUGCGGGUACAGCAGGGGGACAGCUCCUGCAGGCUCUGUCAAAAAGCAAAGUCAGCGAAACGUCACCGCAGAGAGGCAUCAGCAGCGCAACAGCAGCAGGCGGCCAAGAUGCUGCGUAGAUCGCGGCAGUCUCGCCUCCUUGUCGGCCAAACCGUGAGGCUCGGCAUACCCGACGUAGACCGUGCCAGGAACCAGCCACCAAACAUUUUGGUAAUUAUAACUGAGGUUCGCGAAGACGGAUACACCUUGGGCGGCCCGCAUUAA